AUGGCCUUAGUUGUUGCUCAAAGUUUUAUUAAGUUAUAUAGGUUUGUAAACGCCGGAAGACGUAAGCCAAUAUCAUGUAUCGUCAUAACUGCUGUAUUAACUUCACCGUUAACAACUCGAAAUCACCAAUUAAUUUUUGGACAAACGAAUUUUGCUGAAGGUCAUGGUAUGUUAUUAGAUCCAGUUGGUAGAUCAUCAAGAUGGCGUGAAGAUAGAUCUGCUCCAGCUAAUUAUGACGAUAGUGGUGUAAAUUGUGGAAGUUUGGGGACAUUUGCUUCACUUGGUGGAAAAUGUGGGUUGUGUGGUGAUGAUUACAAUAUGAGACAACCAAGACCACAUGAAUUAGGUGGAAAAUAUGGACAAGGAGUUAUUGUCAAAGAAUAUAAUGGAAAAUAUUUGUGGGUUGGUCCAUUAAUAACUGCAAAUCAUUUAGGACACUGGUCGGUUGAAUUAUGCAAUUUAGAUAAAUUUGGUAGUGAAUCGGAAAGUUGCUUUGCUGAACAUGGAGAAUUAUCUUUGGAUGUUGGUGGAACAAGAUAUGAUGUUGGUUCUAGAACUGGAUUUUUGAAUGCAUCAGCUAUAAUACCAAGUGGUACACACUGUAAUCAUUGCGUUUUAAGAUGGAAAUAUGUUGCUGGUAAUAAUUGGGGAUUAUGCAGGGAUGGUUCUGGACAUUUAGGUUGUGGAAUACAAGAGACCUUCGUUUCAUGUGCUGAUAUUAAAAUUCAGGGAAAUGUUUCAGAAAAUACUUCGGGAAAUUUUUAA